AUGUCUCAACCCCUCUUCGGCCUAGUCCCUGCGGGCCAGCCGGUGAUUGUGUCCCCCUCGGAGACACCUACGCCGACUACUUUCUUAUUCGCCAUCCCAGCCGCCAACUCGCCGUCGCCGUCGCCGUCGUCAGCCUCGCCCUCCUUCUCGCACAUCGUAGUGUUUCUACUCCCCGGCAUCGUGCUCCCCGAGGGCACCGCCGCAGCCAUCUACCUGGUGACCCCCGGCCAGGACGGACCGGCCUCCAAGUUCCUGGGCGGUAUCGGCCCGGGCAAGGAGAGUGCCAUCUUCAAGCUGAGCGCUUCUUCGGCCGCCGGGAACGUCGUUCUGGGCAUCUCGCUCGAGCCCGCUGACUCGGUGGGCGCCCGAAUGGCCGAGAUGGCGGCCGCCAAGUCGGCAAGUAGUAACGGCGGUGCGUUGGUCCCCGUAACUUCUUCUUCUCAGGCACAGCAGCCUUCCACCAUAGUUCUCGCCCAGCGGAUCAUACAAAACGCGUUCAACUUCUUGGCUAGCUUCAGCGGCACGGCCGGCCAGGUCGAGGUGGUGCCCCUCAAGGCGUUUGAGGAAUGGUGGAAGAAAUUCGAGUCCAAGGUCCGCUCCGACCCGGGAUUUCUGGAGCGGAGCGACUGA